AUGUCCGCCGAAAGCCCUGGGAAUAAGCCGGGCAUCCGGUCAUUCUUCUCCAAUGCCUUGCGAUCGAAGAAAUCGCGCCAAACCCUCCGCAAAAAUAGCCUGAGCCGUUCGAUGACCGACCUGCGGCUUGCCGCACGACCAAGCGCCGACGAGCCCCCGCCGCCAAUGCCCGACUUGGCGCCUCUCCAGGCCCAUCGGCUGAAGUAUAUGCAGGCACAUGCGCAGCUGGACUCGCAAUUGGGCGAGCGUCGCGACUAUACGUCUAUGAUACACUCGCUGGGCCUGUUAGAGCUGGAUGAGAGCUAUGGGCCGGCGCAGAUUGGCAGUGAGCGUCGCAAGCCUGGAGAAGGGGAUAUUGCGAAGCUGUCUUCGGGGGCAUGGAGGUAUAUUGCGAGUUUCUUGAAUCCAGCGGAUGCAGCGAGCCUAGCGUUUGCAAGCAUCACGCUAUUCCGUCGACUGGGGUCGCGGCCAUUCCGGGAAUUGGCAAGGCCAGAGAACUCGGAUCACCGUCUCAAUUUUCUCAUUGGACUCAAUCAAUCUCUACCUCAUCACCUACUAUGCUUCCCAUGCGAACGAUACCACCGUCGAGUACAAGAAGGCCAAGAGCGCAUCAAACCAUCCCACGUCAUCAACCCGCUCUACAAUUGCCCCAACGCACAAAACUCGCUCAAUCCGCAACCAAAGAGCCGCAUCACCCACGGUCGCAUGAUCCCCUUCUCCUUCGUCCAACUCACUAUGCGCGCAUUCCGCUUCGGCCCUCAAUACGGCAUUCAAGCCGAAGAACUGGGCCGCCGCUGGCAACGAGACGGCUGGUCCUUUACAUCACGCUUCUUCAUCCACGAAGGUCGACUACUCAUGCGCGUUACUAGCCAGACCUUUGCCGCGCCAGCUCUCACGCCUUCCGCCCAACGGCUCCUCCUCUACUCCCGCGAAGACUACUGGCCCUACUUCUCUGCAUGCGCGCACUGGCGCGACGGCGAACUCAUGCCCGCCUGUAAAUGCGCGCUCGAACACAUCCCCAGACCUCGCGACAACGGUGGCCUCCAGGGCCUAGAACACAAAGUCAAAGACCGAUGGCAGGGCAACCGCUUCGAUCCCAACGCCCUAACCUCACUAUGCGGCUUCUGUCGACCCAUGCGUCGCUGCCCCGAGUGUCCAUCCGAAUACUUGAUCGAGGUAAAACUCUCCGAGGACAAGAGUGAUCCCCGCGGAACGGUAUUCAGACAGGCGAUCGUCAUAACCCGCUGGACGGAUCUGGGCGAUGGGACCUCGCCGGCUGGAGUGGAGUGGGGUGCUAUUAAUGGGAAGAGGGAUGAUUAUGAUUCCUUUGGGCAUGAGCAUUAUGCGAAGCGUGGUAUUGCGAGUAUCUUUGAGGCGGCGUUUACGGCGGAUACAUUGCCUGGGCAGAGAGUUAUUUCGAUGAAUCCGAAGAAUGAGAAGAAGGGGGAGCGUGGGCAUGGUUGGUAUUAG